AAUUAUUUUAAAUUAAAAAUGGUUCAUAGCAAUCGCAAAUCCACCAAAUCAUUGGCCGUUAAAGAUGUUAGUCCUUUACGUAAUACACCCACCGUUCCAGCCAAUAAAUAUGAAUUAUCCUCCAGCCCUCAAAUUGGUUAUAAAUUGGAAGUACCAGUGCGCGCGAUUGUCGGCGAAGCAACUACUAAUAAAUGGUUUUGGAAUGAUAUGAUGAAAGAAAAUCGUGAACACUUCAAUAAUUUGCACUUUUGUUAAAUUCUCAAAGAAGAUGAAAAUGUUAAGAAUGGACUUAAUUGAGCGUUUUUUAGAUGGAAAAAUAUACUUUUAAUAAAAUUUAAAUUCUUUAUCUUAAAUUUAAAAAACAUAA